AUGGCUUCAAAUACUACCGGUGCACAUAUUGAUGGUGGUGGUGCUGGUGGUGUCGAUAUUGUCAAACAGGGUUUCCUAUGGGUCAAACGUCCACCCCGGAGCUAUUGGAAUAGGAUAAAGGCAUGGCAUAAACGCUACUUUGUUUUGAGAGACAGUUUUCUGGAUAAUACAUCCAUAUUGGAGAUGCAUAAUACACAACAUGAUCUGAAAGCUAACUGUUCACCAUUGAUGACACUUGAACUGAAUGAAACGGUACACAUUGGUAUAGCAUCGGAAUCCCAUCGAUUUUCCAAUGUAUUGGUAUUGGUCUGUAACGGUAGGGCACCGCUACUGUUGGCCGCCGAUGACGAACUAUCAGCCCGAUCAUGGCUACUGGCCCUUGACUUGACUGCCCAGAGUCGCAACAAUGAUGACGGUCUAAUGGCCGGACUGCCGCCAAUCGGCAGUAGUAAUAGUAAUCGGUAUAACUGGUCAAACAAUAAUAGCAACAACAACACAAACAAUUGCUGUCAAAAUAGUGUCUGUAGUACACACUCGGCUAUACAGACCAAUGGUACCGGUGGUGGUGGUGGUCACCAUCACAAUGGCCAUAGCCAUCAUAAUAGUGGUCAUCAUCAUCAUAAUCACCAUCAAACCAACUCCGAAUCGGAGGACAGCAGUAACAAUGGUUCGGCAUGUAGUUGUGCGCCGGCUUUUGUACGCGAAAGUUCCGGUUUUUCCGAUCCGACACACGGUAUGUGCCGACCGCAGUCGUCCAGUGCCGCCGCCGCCGUCGCCACAAACGGCUCAGUUUUGUCGGCUGCGGCCGUCGCCGCCGCGGCUGCCGACCGACUAUUACUGCCCGACGAACUUUUGUGGACAGCCAGCGGUUGGCAGGAAACCGGUUCACUCGAUCCUGGCUUAGUACUCGAGCGCUUCCAGGUUCAUGUAUUAGCUACCGAAGCCAGCGAACGGGCGUGCCUUAGAGGUCAGCUACAGCUGGUCAUCUAUACCCGCGGUGUAGGUGUGGCCCGUGUCGGCGACUACGAGUGCUUUAUGCUGUGGCCGAUAGCCUUUAUACGCCAGUAUAGGCACGAAUCGGUGAAAAAUUGCCAGGCUAAUAAUGCUUAUUUAAAAAGUAUUAACACUACCACCAGUACUACUAGUACUACUACUACUACUGUCCAAUCAGCAGCUACCGGUGCUGCUAAUAAUAAUAAUAAUAAUAAUCAAAAAUUUUGUGCCAUUAAUAAAUCAAUAAUUAAUAAUAAUUUUACUAACAAUAAU